AUGAAUAUUGCAAAUAUUGAAACUUCCUACCUAUCUAUACCUGAAUUUUACGCAGGCAGGACAGUCUUCAUAACAGGGGGAACAGGAUUUCUUGGAAAAGUAUUGAUUGAAAAAUUACUAUACAGUUGCGACAACAUCGACACAAUUUAUAUAUUACUGAGAGAGAAGAAUGGAAUCGGAGCAAAAGAAAGACGUAAUCGAUUACUAAACAGUCCUGUAUUCUCUAGACUGCGAGAGAAGAAGGCAGAGAGCUUAUCGAAAAUAAAACAUGUCGUAGGCGAUAUCACUGUUUUUAAUUUAGGCUUAACUUCUGAUCAGGAAGAACUGUUAAAAAAGGUUUCCGUUGUAUUUCAUUUGGCAGCAACGAUAAGAUUUGACGAACCUCUUAAGAAUGCUUUAAAUAUAAACCUGGAGGGGACAAGAGAGGUUCUGAGGGCUUUCAAAAACCAAUCGAAAUUGGACGCAUUUGUUUAUGUCUCGACAGCGUUUUCUAAUACUGAUAAGAAAGAAAUAGACGAAUGUAUCUAUCCCCCGCCUAGAACACUAGCCGAAGUAUAUGCGUUUAGCAUUAAAGAAGAGGUUUCUGAUGAAGAUCUUUGUGAAUUUCUAAAUGGUCGUCCGAAUACAUAUACGUUUACGAAGGCAUUGGCUGAAAAUAUGUUGGCAGAAGAGCACGGAGAUGUUCCAGCUGUUAUCGUAAGGCCUUCAAUUGUUACAGCAGCUGCAGAGGAACCGUUCAAAGGUUGGAUCGAUAACUGGAUGGGGAUCACAACAUUUUUCUUUACCAUCGCUAAAGGCUGGACUCGUGUUCUGUAUGGGAAAAGAAAUUUUGUUCUUGACAUCAUUCCUGUAGACUAUGUUGUUAAUUUGACUAUUAUUGCAGCUGCUAGAUGUAAAAGAUCCAUUGAUGUACCAGUGCUCAACAUUUGUAGCAGUUCUGCGAAUCCUAUAUCGUCCGGUCUACUUGUUAAUUUGCUUAUUAAAGAAAGCGCAAAGCAAAAAUUUUAUGAUAUUCCCCUCUUCGGUGUGCUUUACAUAAAGUCCGCUGUAUUGGUUACAAUUGUUAGUUUCAUAGUAGAGACCAUAGCAGCAUAUCUGAUAGAUUUGUGGCUUAGAAUUACAUGCAGAUCUAAGAGUUUCGUUUCCUUCGUGGAAGUGCAAAAGAAGCAGUCUAGAGUGCGAGAAAAGAUGCGCUACUUCCAAUUGGGUUCUUGGAAGAUAAAGUCGACACGCACUUCUGAUUUGUACGCGUCUCUUACCAUUCCGGAUCGUAAGACGUUCCCGUGCGAUGCUGGAGACUUGAGAUGGUCUGAAUACGUACCGACAUAUUUUAAUGGACUUGUAAGAUAUUUAGUGGAUUCUAGGAAGUAA